AUAUAUCUGUUUUACAACUAGGCCAGAAUGAUUCCUCUGUCCCGUAACUCGGUCUCUGUUCAUCUGGGUGGAGUACCCCGUGACCCUCUUCACCCGAUUACGUUGGACUACUCUCUUAAUAACCCUUGUUCUUCUCUUUCUCUGUUUUGGAAUUGCAAGAGAAAAAACUGGAAAAUAUCUACUACUAUGGCUUCUAAUAUCAGGACCAACAAUUACCUGCGCCAUGUGGAAUCAAUGAAGCUUAUGCCAUCAGGUGCAGGUCAUAUAUCACACUUGAAUGCCGUUAUACUUGGAGAUUCUCUCGCCACUGAAGAGGAUGAUUUCGUUCUUCCUAGUGAGGACUUUGCUAGCGAAGCUAAUGUUCAAUCCCCAGAACAGUAUCUGAAGAUGUACAAGAGAUCCAUUGAGGACCCUGCAGGGUUCUGGUCUGAGAUUGCGGAAGAGUUUUAUUGGAAACAAAAAUGGGGUCGUAAAGUAUGUGAUGAAAAUUUUGAUGUACGGAAAGGGAAUAUCAAGAUUGAGUGGUUCAAGGGUGGCAUCACCAACAUCUGUUAUAAUUGCUUGGAUAGAAAUGUUGAAGCCGGACUUGGUGACAAGGUAGCCAUUUAUUGGGAGGGCAAUGAACCUGGUCUGGAUGGUACUUUGACAUACACCCAGCUUCUUCAUCAAGUUUGCCAGCUUGCUAACUAUCUGAAGGAUAAUGGUGUGAAGAAGGGAGAUGCUGUAAUUAUUUAUUUGCCUAUGCUUAUGGAGCUCCCCAUCGCAAUGCUUGCCUGUGCCCGGAUUGGUGCUGUUCAUUCGGUUGUAUUUGCUGGUUUUUCUGCAGAAGCACUUGCGCAGAGAAUCAUUGAUUGUAAACCAAAAGUUGUAAUUACUUGCAAUGCUGUUAAAAGGGGCCCUAAGGUUCUCUAUCUGAAAGAUAUUGUUGAUGUUGCAAUCAAGGAUUCAGCCCAAAAUGGAGUUUCGAUUGAUAAAUGCUUAGUUUAUGAAAACUCAUGGGCAACGAAGAAAGAAGAUACCAAGUGGGAGGAUGGGCGUGAUGUAUGGUGGCAGGAUGUCGUUCCUCAAUAUCCAACUAGUUGUCCAGUGGAGUGGGUUGAUGCCGAGGAUCCACUUUUUCUACUCUAUACAAGUGGGAGUACAGGCAAACCUAAGGGUGUCUUGCAUACAACUGGUGGUUACAUGGUGUACACUGCAACAACAUUCAAGUAUGCAUUUGACUACAAGCAGUCUGACAUCUACUGGUGUACAGCAGAUUGUGGUUGGAUUACUGGGCAUAGCUAUGUCACUUAUGGACCCAUGCUCAAUGGUGCAUCUGUUAUUGUGUAUGAAGGGGCUCCUAAUUAUCCUGAUUCUGGUCGAUGUUGGGACAUUGUUGACAAAUAUAAAGUGACAAUAUUCUACACUGCUCCCACACUGGUGCGGUCCCUCAUGCGUGAUGGUGAUGAGUAUGUUACUCGCCACUCAAGGAAAUCUUUACGAGUCCUAGGAAGUGUCGGUGAGCCCAUAAAUCCAAGUGCAUGGAGGUGGUUUUACAAUGUAAUUGGAGAUUCAAGGUGCCCUAUUUCUGACACUUGGUGGCAAACAGAAACGGGUGGCUUCAUGAUAACUCCACUACCAGGUGCUUGGCCCCAGAAACCCGGUUCUGCAACUUUCCCUUUCUUUGGAGUUCAGCCUGUCAUAGUGGAUGAGAAAGGUAUUGAAAUAGAAGGUGAGUGCAGUGGAUAUUUGUGUGUUAAAAAUUCAUGGCCUGGAGCUUUCAGAACGCUGUUUGGUGAUCAUGAAAGAUAUGAAACAACGUAUUUCAAGCCAUUUGCGGGAUACUAUUUCAGUGGUGAUGGUUGCAGCAGGGAUAAAGAUGGAUACCAUUGGCUCACUGGAAGAGUUGAUGAUGUCAUCAAUGUCAGUGGGCAUCGGAUUGGCACAGCAGAAGUGGAAUCAGCUCUAGUUUCACAUCCUAAAUGUGCAGAGGCUGCUGUGGUUGGUGUUGAGCACGCGGUGAAAGGACAGGGUAUCUAUGCAUUUGUUACAGUGGUGGAUGGUGUUCCUUACAGUGAGGAACUACGGAAGGACCUCAUACUCAUUGUUCGAAAGCAGAUAGGAGCCUUUGCAGCACCUGACAAAAUCCAUUGGGCACCUGGCCUUCCAAAAACAAGGAGUGGAAAGAUAAUGCGAAGAAUUCUGAGAAAAAUUGCUUCCAGGCAGUUGGAUGAACUUGGAGAUACAAGUACCCUUGCAGAUCCAAACGUGGUCAAUCAACUUAUAGAACUUGCUGAUUCUUGAAGCCAAAAACUUUGUAUUAUUAUAGGUAUGAGAAAUGCUAGUAACACACCGUUGCGCACCCUUUAUGAUUAACUAAAAUUUAUUGGAAAUCUCACCUCCACGAGUUGCCACUUUAUUUAAUAAACUUGAGAAGAUUUUGUACUUUCCAAUAAAUUUUUAAGAAUAGUAGAGUGUGUAUUUGAAAUAAGUGUUAGAGGGUGGGAGUAGUUAAAGGACAAAUUUUGCUGUGUAUGUGUAUUUUUAUGGGAAAUGUUAGUGCUUGUGAAAUAAUAAAUAAAUCAUCCAUAUUUAUUUUCUUAAAA